AUGCGGAAGGAGACAUGGGCGCCGCGCCCGCCGCCCGAGAUGAUCAACGAGCGGCUCGAGGAGUUCUUCCCCGAGCACGACUUGGACAAGCCCGUCAUCGAAGCGGUGUCGGGCGGGUCUUCGCCGACGGCCGAGAUUACGGCGGCGCCGAUUCCGCAAGCGCCGGCACCCCCGAUGGUCUCUGACCAUAGGCGUAAGAACAAGAAGUCGAUUAGGAAGGUGGUUGAGGAGGGGAACAGGCGUGUGUCGGAUGCGAUUCAGAGGAAGAGGAGCACGAAAUUGUGGGGGAGCAGGCUGGAGGAAGUGACUUCGAGCCAGGCGAGGAUUAGCUUGCAACCUCCCUUGCCGGAGUCCCCGUCUGGAGCGGCGACCUUCAAGUGGGUGCGCGGCGAACUCAUCGGUCGCGGGACGUAUGGCCGUGUAUAUCUUGCCCUCAAUGCCACGACGGGCGAGAUGAUUGCAGUCAAGCAGGUCGAGAUUCCUCAGACUGCGAGCGACAAGAACGAUUCGCGCCAGGUCACAGUCGUACAGGCGUUGAAGUCAGAGAGCGAGACGCUGAAGGACUUGGACCAUCCGCAUAUCGUGCAGUACCUUGGCUUCGAGGAGACGCCUACGAAUCUGAGCAUCUUCCUCGAAUACGUCCCUGGUGGAUCGAUCGGGAGCUGCUUGCUCAAGCACGGCAAGUUCGACGAGGACGUUACCAAGUCCUUCACAGGCCAGAUCCUCAGUGGCCUGGAAUAUCUUCACUCCAAGGGUAUCCUCCAUCGUGAUCUGAAGGCGGACAAUAUCCUCGUGGAGACGACCGGCAUCUGUAAGAUAUCCGACUUCGGCAUCUCGAAGCGGACGGACAACGACCAGGCCGCGAUGACCGCCAUGCAGGGCACCGUCUUUUGGAUGGCGCCGGAGGUUAUCAACACGCAGAAGAAGGGGUACAACUUCAAGGUUGAUAUUUGGAGUGUCGGCUGCGUGGUGUUGGAGAUGUGGGCCGGUUCGCGACCGUGGUUGGGUGAUGAGGCGGUGGCGGUUAUGUUCAAGCUUUACCAGAGCAAACAGCCGCCUCCUGUACCUGACGAUGUACACCUUUCCGAACUUGCUGACGACUUUAGGCGGAAAUGUUUCGCCAUAAAUCCUGAUGACAGACCUCCUGCGUCAGAGCUACGCAGGCAUCCCUAUUUGACCCUUCCUCCUGGUUGGGUUUUCAACGGCUUCAAGUAG